GGAGUUUCGCGACUUUGUUGAGCAACAUCUUGAUCGCUCCCUUGGACGUAUCAUCUUUAAACUUGGGUAAGUUACCUUAUUCUAAGGCUCUUUUUCCAUCGGUGUCGAUUAUGAAAGGCCAAAUGGUCACAAAAUUCAAGAACUCUGAUUUGAUCACAAUCAAACAAAAUUCAUGUCUGACACAUGGAAAUUAAUAAGAUUCUGAAGAUUCAACAGGCGAAAUGUCGGGUAAAUAUAAUUCACCAUUUUAUUUAAUUUGUUUUCUUUAUUUAUUUUUUUCUAUUACUCUUCCUGCCGUAAGGAUCAGUUUACUGUUUUAAUAAUAAAAUUUUAAAUCGCACUUUCAAAGUCACAUAUUGAUUUCAAGAACGACUUUUUUAAUGUCAACAUAUCCCAUUGUUCUUGUUACCGACCAUCAGUGCUACCGGGAAAUGUAUUGAACUCAAAAUAGUGGCAUUUUACUCAACACUGACGGUGAUGAAUAUGCGGAAAUAUAUGAAAAAGAGUGUUUGAGUCAAGUCUUAUCAAGACGACUACGCCGGAGCCAGAUCUUUCUUGCUUUCUCCACCUUUAUAUUACGGUCGAAAAUAUCCAGAGUCGAAGUCUUUUAAUCGCUCUCUUAUUUCUCUGCAUCGUCUAUUCACCUAAAGUUUUUUGUGGUCAAACUUUCCUAAAAGUAAUAACUAAAAACCAAAAACCAGUAUUCUGAAAAAGCUUUUAAGUUCACGGUGAUCGAGGGGAAGCUUCAAUAUGCAUGUGUUAGCUCAUUUUGCAGUUGUGGGCCAAAACAGGAAACAGCCUCAUUUGGUGUCUCACAGAAUAAAAGCGACUAUUUUUGCUUAUGAUGACUGGUUUUUUGAAAUAUAAAGUCAUUUUACAAUAUAAGCUUUUUACGCUGCUCGAUAUUUCCACACAGUCAGCAGUACGCAAAAAGUAUAUGAACAUCUUAAAAGUCAGGAACGAUCUGCACAAAUUGUGCGUAGAAUUAGUACGAUUUCUAGCGCCUCAUUAUCAAUUUAUCACAACAAAUUAAUCAUUAAAAUAAAGUUACAAUCAUAGUUAAUAAUAGUAGUUGAACUGAUUGGAGUGCAACUGAUUUGGUCUGAAACCGGGGUCUGAAAUCAUCCGCGUGAUUUCAAAAUCGGACUUGCGCGCGUUGCGAGUUCGAUUUGAAAUGACAAGUGUUAUUUCAGACCAAAAUUGCACGACAGGAAGUUAAAUUACCACUUUAUUACAGCCAUUUUUAAAUCGCCGAAUUCACUCAGUACCAAUAUUUUAUUGAUUUAGUAGUCGGUUUGUUGAAAAGCGGAAACAAAAAGGCUUUUACAUCUCAUUUUGUAUUUGGAACAGAAAUGACUCGAUAUAGGGCAAAAAUGGUGCGAUAUAAAGCAGGAAUGACAUGAUUUAGAACAGAUGUGGUUUACCCUGCGAGCCGAGGUUUUUCGCUUGCAUGGCUUUUAGCGUUUACGAAGUCGUUCGCGUGGCUUGCCUGUCGCGUUGAUAGUUUUUUUAUGCCCCUUCAGAAGCAAGGCGUAAACAAACUAACCACACGACAGACAAGCCAUCCGAACGACUUCGUAAACGCUAAAAGCCAUGCAAGAGAAAAACCUCUGCUCGNCACAAAUUGUGCGUAGAAUUAGUACGAUUUCUAGCGCCUCAUUAUCAAUUUAUCACAACAAAUUAAUCAUUAAAAUAAAGUUACAAUCAUAGUUAAUAAUAGUAGUUGAACUGAUUGGAGUGCAACUGAUUUGGUCUGAAACCAGGGUCUGAAAUCAUCCGCGUGAUUUCAAAAUCGGACUUGCGCGCGUUGCGAGUUCGAUUUGAAAUGACAAGUGUUAUUUCAGACCAAAAUUGCACGACAGGAAGUUAAAUUACCACUUUAUUACAGCCAUUUUUAAAUCGCCGAAUUCACUCAGUACCAAUAUUUUAUCGAUUUAGUAGUCGGUUUGUUGAAAAGCGGAAACAAAAAGGCUUUUACAUCUCAUUUUGUAUUUGGAACAGAAAUGACUCGAUAUAGGGCAAAAUGGUGCGAUAUAAAGCAGGAAUGACAUGAUUUAGAACAGAUGUGGUUUACCCUGCGAGCCGAGGUUUUUCGCUUGCAUGGCUUUUAGCGUUUACGAAGUCGUUCGCGUGGCUUGCCUGUCGCGUUGUUAGUUUUUUUAUGCCCCUUCAGAGGCAAGGCGUAAACAAACUAACCACACGACAGACAAGCCACCCGAACGACUUCGUAAACGCUAAAAGCCAUGCAAGAGAAAAACCUCUGCUCGCAGGGGAGAUGUGUGUGACAGGGUCACUAUUAUUGCCUAAAUGCCGUAGCGGAUGUUAGCUUUCACUGAGCUUCUUGUGGUUUUCUUUUUCGGUAGAUUGUUUGAAUCAUUUAAUUGACCUUAUCUUUUCAAGUUAGUGGGCUUAACCUAAGGAAAUCCUGGCGUUCUGUUUUACUGUGGUUUGGCAACACACCUCUUAAUGUUUUCCUACGUGCAAAAUUGUUUAAUAGAGGCACGUUUUAGCCGUAUUUCAGUUGAGUUUGGACAUCACUGAAGAAACUGCAGCUGUUGUAAAGUUAACAAGAGAACUUGCUUCUAGCAAGUUAAGUACUUGACCUCGUUAAUUACUGAAAAAUUUUAGUCUUAGUUUAGUCUUUUCUACUGAAUUCUAUACAAUUGUUAUUCGUUUUAAUUUCGCUAUUUCACUGGCAAUAAGUAGGAACUAGGCCAGUUUGUUCUGUCAUUCAUCGAAUUUCUCGUUUUGUUUUUAGGGGAUCAUCCCCUCGUUAUCUCCAGGAGGCGUGUGUUUUUCCCUUGGGACCGCAUUAAUUGGAUUCAAGAAGUGCUGUCCAGUGAUCGUAAAGAUUUUAUAAUCCCUUGGGAUUUGCAGAAACCAGUUUACAUAAAAAUAAAAGAAAAAUAUGGGAAAUCAUAGAACCGGUUUACGUAACUUAACCAGCGAGACUGGACAAUAAAACACCUAUUUUAAAACAAAAUAGCUAAAUUUGUCCAAUUACCUUGACCCGGAAAAAGAAACAAGUAGAAAGAAAGAAAAAGGACACUUGUUUAAUUUUAAAUGACCCCGUUAAACCGCUGACCACACUGCUUGUCUCUCAAAUCAAAAUGACUACCCAGAUACCGCGAUCGAAGGUUUCAGAUGUCUAUCAAGGCUUUCUUUAAUGAUAAAUCACCGUAAAUAUCAUUAAGAUUGGGAAAAUGUUUGAUUAAAGUUAGAAUUUAUUGUUUACUUUACUUGAAUAUAGCAUUUUUGUUUACGAAUUAUGCGAUUUUCCUCAAAUUGUGCGAUCGGAUGCGAUUUGAGGUCAAUUGAGCGAAAUCGCACCCGCCCGUAAAUCGCGUAAUUAUCAGACGGCCUGUUAUUCGCGCAGCAAUUGGGAUUUAAAAAUAUUAUCUUUUUGCUCAUUUCAUAAGCUUCAUGUUUUGUCUUAGUUAUUAGGAAGAAUUAAAAUUACCAUUUCAAUCCUACACGUCAGGCUAAAAGAUGUUGCACUUUAUUAAUGAACGGUAUUAAAUGAUAGCGAUUCAGUAAUAAGAAAUUUUGUCCUGGGAAGGCAGGCUUAUUUAUACUCUUCCUGAUAAUUAAAAAAACUGUUGCAGCUGAUUGUUGUUUUAAUUAGUAUCUUAAGGCCCUUGAAAGAAUAUCAAUUCCUGAUUGAGCAGCUGCAGUCCUGUAUGAGCCCCUGGCUGUACUGCCAGACAAGAAAUGUGUAGUUUUCAAGUCUAAUAAUUUUUUUUUACUCGACCUAAACCUUCAAAAAGUUGCAAAUUAAAGUUAUCGUAAAUAGUGAAAAGAGGAAAUUAAAAUAUUUUUACAGUUCAGAUUCUCCACAUGUCAAACUCGCAGAGUUAUUCUGUGUGAAAGUGUUCACUUUAUACAUUUUAUCAGUAAUUCUAUUACUUUGUAUUCUUUUGCUAGGUUUAAUCUUUUAGUGGUUCCCGUUUAUUUUUAUUUUUCUUAUUAUAUUGUUGCUGUAUUCCUGAUAGAUUUGAGUUUCAAAUAAAUUGCUUUGGAAAAUCCUUAAAUCCUUCUAGUUCCUGCUAGUUUACCGCCCCGUCCUGUUACAUGUGGUUUAGAGCAAAAAAAUAGUGUAAUUGGUGAAUAAAUCACACCGCUGAGAGCCAAUCAGAUAGCUGCGAUCACCAGUGAUUUCAAAAUGGAUAUAAUUAAGUCUACAGUCGUUUCACUAGGGGCCACGUCAAAAUAGCGCAAAGCAUAAUGGGAUUUGUUGAUAGUGAAAAAAGUCGUUCUUGAAUGUGAUUGCCCGUUGACUUGAUGACCUUUGAUGUGACUGUGAAUUGAAUGUGAUCGAGAUGUUAGUGGAAUGUGAUUGAUAAUUUUCAUAGAAUGGAAACUCUCAACGGACACUCUCGUAAGGGGACUGCUCAACUUACGGCCGCCUUAACAAACCCCUGUUUCAACUCCCACACAAACUCCUGUAAGGGGACAUCCGAAAUGAAAUGCCAUUUCUUUUCCUUUCUUUAGUUUGUCAGUGCCACCAUGCUGUUAACAUCUUUUAGAAGGUUUUUUGUCACCCAAGCUCUUUUUGACACCAUGCCAAAACGUUCCUUGAUUUCAAAAACAAAGGAAGUGGAACUCGAGAUUGAGGGCCUUAAAUUUGUGAGGUUAAACCCAGCUGAGACGCAGCCAAAAGUUUCAUCUGCAUUGGCUGGCAAGCCGUUUCUGCCUGGUUCUACCAGUAGGGGUUUCCCGGAAGUUUUAUCGCCGCCAACAGAAACGUUUCCGCACGCCGUCAAAAUCAAAGACCCUCAUCUCCACCCCUUCAGCAAACUCGUUGACGGUUGCAGAAGAUAUAUUACCGAUAAUCUUUAUCGUUAUGGCGCGGUGUUGCUUAGGAACCUUCCUCUGAAAACGUCCAAUGACUUUGCAAGCCUGUGUCAAGGGCUGGGUUUCCAGGCUAUGAGAUAUGAAGCUGGCACGGUGGAGAGAAAGAGAGUCGAUGACUCUGACACAUACACAGCCACUGAUGAGCCUCCGGAGGUCGUGAUCGAUUUUCACAAUGAAAUGGCCUACAGUCCUUCAUAUGCAGCAAAGGUAACUUAAAACUUUUCAAUUUUUCGCAGAGAAUUAUAAUUAUAAAAUUGUGCAUUAACGUGUUCAUUGAUUAUGCUCCUUUCUGCACGACUUACAAACUCUUUAAGCAGGCUGACACCCUUGAAUGUGGGUUGUAAUCUUACAUGUUUGAAUUGGCAGUCUGCGAUUAGGCUCACAUGUGUGACUUCAGGAUAUUUUUCGACGGCAGAGUCGCCAGCGGGAGCCGGCAAAGCGGUUGAGACUCAGUUGUCCCUUUAGUAAAAGGUCGCUACACUUAAAACAUUUUUUACCUGUUAUUGAGAGUGUUUCUAUUAGAAAGAAAGAAAAUGGCAACCCAGGGUCGAACCAGGACCUCGAACUCGGACGUUUCGUGUCCUAAUCUCUGUCCCUUAUCAAAACACUACCGCACCGACCCGCCAAAAUUCCAAAAAAUGAUUUAAGUACACAGGGGGUAGCCAGGAUUUUUCUAGAGGUACGCACAAUUUUCCAAAUCCCUCUCCUCUUCAACGUUCCAAACCAGGUGCGUUGAUUAAUUGUUUUUGACCUACAGAAGAACCUUCAAGUAAACGUGCCCUACUUAGUCUACCGCGAAGACAGGACGAGGUGAAAUCACGUUUUAUACUAUUCACCUUGCAAUUGCUAUCCGCGGGGCAUUUUCCUGCCUAUUCUCUAAAUAUACUGCACCAUUCGGUAGCUCACGUCGCUUUCCUUCAAACUGACAUUCGCUUGUGGAAAAAUACAGUUCAUUGUUUUAGAAAAUAACAUUUCCCAGAACAACAGUUGACCCUAGCCCUUUCCAUAACAUUUUAGCGUAAAUUCAAGUUGGGCUUCAAUGUCGUUCUUUCUAAGAUUAUUUAAAAACGUAUUAUUUCAGGGGCACCCAACGAGAAGAUAGUUCAUAGCCACUUAAACAUAGCAUUGUUAAACGUAAUUUAGUAUUUAAACGGUAGAUAUAGGCAUAUUUUUAUCACCGGAAAAUUUUUCAUCUGUUCGGAUUUCCUAGCUGAAAGUCUAGUGAUCCGAACAUUAUAGGGAUCAAAACUCACCUUUUCGAAAAUUUAAGCCAGAAGAAAGGCUCCCGAAAAUUCUAGGUGACCUUUUUAGCGUAAAAAUCCGUUAAAAAUGGGCCAAUUAGACCAUUUUUUAGAUGUUCGAAAAUCCUACUGAGAGGUAGGCAAGCAAGAAAUCUUACAACAAAUGUUCCGAAAAUUCUAGAUCUCAAAUCGUCUCCCGAACAGAUAUUUUCCGAAAACUGACGUUGGGUGCCCCCGAUUAUUUGCCUGUAUGUAAUUUAAUCCACUGAAUAUAUUACAUCUAUUAUGACUAAAGGCUUGGUUACCAAUAGUAGCUUAGACCCUUAAAAAUAGCAACGACCGACCCGUUUACGAUCGAGAGGGUAAUAGGGUCCGGUGAAGCAUAAGUUANUAGAGUGGUUUUCGUUUGAGUGUCGUAAAACCAAAACCAAAGUAAUUACUCUGGCCAAUCACAUAGGACACAGACAAUACAUUGAACCAAUCAAAACUCGAAGUAAUUACAUGUGGCUGACGCAAAGCGCGGGAAAAUGCAUGCGAGCGCGUCACAAUUGGCUUUGGUUUUACUUCUGAUUGGAUGAAAAGGUGGCGCGAAUCUUUUAAGCCAAUCACAUCGUGUAGAAAGUGCAAAACCAAUUACUUUUCGACACUCAAAUGAAAACCGCUCUAAAAGGUUGGUUGAUGCUAAAUCCUCUUUGCCACUAUUCUCCUUUCUUGAUUGAUGUUAACUCUUAUCAACUGAUCAGGUAUUUCCAGCGGUGACUUCUUCUGGCCCUAGAGGUUUGCAACCACUGCAAAAUAUCGCCGAUUUAGAAGAAGAAAUUGCUGCAACGAAUAUACUGAUUUCCUUCAAAGCUCUUUUGAAGAAGAGUGGACGGAGAAGAUCGCAAUUGUCGCCUCAUCAUAAGUUAGCGACCCAUCAGUCGGUCAUUUAUCUGCUAUCAGCACGCAGCGUCCUUUAUAAUAAAGGAAAUAAAAUAAACAAAAAUUUAAAAAGUGUAGCAGGUACACGUAAGAGAAGACCAAUUUAUGUUCUCUUAGGGGUAAGCUCAGACACCAACAUGGAAGGUGCCACUGUUCAUUCAUGUUCAACAUUAAUUAGCCUUUGUACUGCAACCGUUAUGUCCUUGAGAUCUUUCCAAAGUGUGCGAUACAUACUCAUUACCCGUUGUCUCUGUUCAUUGUAGGUUCUGUUCUUUUGUCACCAAGAACCAGGGGAAUAUUGUGGAGGUGAGACGCCGCUUGUUAAAGGAGCCGACAUUCUUUCUCACCUGGAUCCGAAAAUUGUUCAAACUUUUGAUAAGAAGAGGGUCUGCUACGUGCGUUGUGCUCCUUCGAAAGAAACUGGUCUGUACCUUCCAUGGCAAGAUACAUUUAUGACAGAAGAUCCUAAGGUAUUCAGUAAAAAUCUCACAGGCGUAGUUUUCAGGUCCUUGAACUGAGGGACGAUAAAUCAUAUCACCUUUCCCGGGUAUAAAGGUGAUGUUACAAGGGAGGAUUCGCAACGACGAUUUUUUGCGCAACGCUACGUAGCAAUGUAAGAGCAAUGUUGGAACAUUCGAAACAUUGUCGCAACAAGGUUGAAAACAUCACCUUAAUGAACCCAUUUACUCCCAGUUGGCUUGCCAGCUCAACUGGCUAGAGCGCUGCACCGGUUUUGCAGGGGUCGGAUCCCGGAAAACCUGAAUUUCUUCAGGCUUUAUCAAGCGCAACUGCUAAAGUUGCGUAUUUCACUGUUAUGGUCUUUUCCGUUUUAAAGAUAAGAUGAGUUGCUUAAGAAAGAACGUUGUUGUGAAAUUAUUAUAGUAUGCAACUACUGAGGGCGUUUGGAAUUAAAUCUGGAAAUAAGGGAUGGUAUGCCAACGUAAUCAUCUACCUCCUUUAGAACUUUAAGAAGUUUUUCUUUUAUAUUUUUCUGAUAAAUCUAUACUCUCAGCUGGGGAGUUCUGGAGUUUGAAACUUGAAAUUCAGGGUAAAAUGAAAGUUGUCUAGGCCACAACUUCUGGAUCACUAUACGUUUCUGGGAAACUGCCCGCCUACCCCUCCCCUAAGCCAACAUUGAAAAACGAAAAUGAAAGCUGUCUAGACCACAACUUCUGGAUCAUUAAACGUUUCUGGAAAACUGCCCACCUACCCCUCCCCUAAGCCAACAUUGAAAAACGAAAAUGAAAGCUGUCUAGGCCACGACUUCUGGAUGACUGUUUUGUACUUUUUAUUGCAGAUUGUAGAGCAUUUUCUCAGAAAAAAUAGUUUCAGUUAUAAGUGGGAACCAUCUGGGACAUUGAUUUAUUGGAAUGUCCUGCCGGCUUUCCAACAACACCCGGAGACUGGGGAAACCAUGUGGUUCAACCAGAUUCAAGGGCAUCAUGCUUCGGCCUUAAAAGACAAUCCAAGGUAAGAGGCUAUUCACAUGAUCCCGGAAUGACUUUCAUUUUGGAACGAGUUCAUUCUAUAUCUAUACAAGAGAGCUUCAUAUAUUUCUCUGUAUUUGAUUACAUGAUACCGAAAGGACAUUUCGUUCCCGUACAAGUUGCUAUUCACAUGAUCCCGGAAUGACUUUCAUUUUGGAACGAGUUCAUUCUAUAUCUAUACAAGAGAGCUUCAUAUAUUUCUCUGUAUUUGAUUACAUGAUACCGAAAGGACAUUUCGUUCCCGUACAAGUCAUUCCGGAAUGAGCUCAUUCCGGAAUAAUUAUCGUUCUGGUACGAAAUUUCAUUAUCAUGUAUUACUGAAAACGACCUUUGUUCGGGAUUAAAAAUCGCAAACCGUAUAGUCUGGAGCGAGUGGCGCAUGCAUAUUGAUCUGGCGCGAAAACCACUCGCGUGAACGCCUAAGGUCGAGCCGUUUAGUGUUUGCUGUUAAAUUGGCCAAUUUUUUAACGUUUAUUGUUUCCGGAGAAGCUUUUGGAGGGUUUUUCGUGAAAAAGUCGUACCUGUACACUGUAAAAAAUAUCACAUGCGAAUAUAAUGACGAAAAUAAAGUCGAAAAUUUUCGGGUUUCUCCUCGGAAAUCUUCAGCCGUCGUGGAACAUCUUUGAUAGUCUUCGGAAAUCUUCGGCAGUAUUCGUGAAUCUUCAGUAAGCUUGGAAAUCUUCUAAACAAUCGGGAAUUGUCGGAAAUGGCUGAAAACUCGUUUAUACACUAAACAAAAUAAUAUUCACAUUUUGAGGAGCCGUUUUCGUUUCCUUUUUGGAAAAAAUUUACUGUGACAGUAAAUUUUUUACUUUUAGUGUUAAAAUGCCUAAAAUUUAAUUGUUUCAUGUUACAGAGUCUUUCUAUUAUCCAUGAUCAAAAUAAUUAAGUUUUUAGUGUUAUCGAGAUACCCCCAUUCAGAUCCUCCUUAAGUGACACAAGAUAUGCCGCCAAACACGAACUACAGUGGAAAAUCUAUAUUCGAUCACCACUACAAAUAACAGCCCUAGUCAAAGUGCAAGUCGGAACUUUCCUUAGCCUGCACAUGACGGGUUGUUUUAUUGGCGUGUUUUUUACCUGUGGUUUUAAAGUAAGAGACAAAGCCCAGCGAAAACUAACAGAGGUCAAACGAGAAAACGAUUGGGGGAUGGGAAAGACGGGUAAAGGGAGCUUGUGUUUAGAAAAUUCAUCGUGGCAUAAUUCCUCUGAGUUAACGCGGACGUUUGGUUCGCGGGAAAAAAAAACUAAAUGUAGACUCAAUGUCUAACGUGUCUCUGAAAAUAAUUUAAUUUUAAAAGACCUUUAGAUUCGAAGGCGAGAUUUUACUUAAAGUUUUUUCGCGUAUUUUCCAAAAGUAUAUUUCCAUCAGAAAAGUUAGCACGGUUAUUUUUAUUGAAGGAGGUUGAGCCCUCUCCUGAUAAAAUGAUAAAAUUUCUAAUACUUGUUAACGUGUUUUCGCCACUGCGAUAUUCUCGCUAAAACUAGGGAAAAAAUGACGACGGCUAACACGUUUGUCCGCCAAAAUGACGCUGGUUCACGCGUGCGCACUAGUAAGUAUUGACAAAAUCUUGCCCUCGUAGUUGUCCUCGUCUUGAAUUUAAAGGUCUCUACAACUCGCAGUAGAAUGACGAUUGCUAUCUUUUCCCGCCAAAAUGACGCUGGUUCACGCUUGCACAGUAUUGACAAAAUAUCGUCCUCGCUGUUGUCCACGUCGUAGAAUUUAAUUUCUAUUGGUGGCAGGCCAGCCAACCCGGUGCAGUGGGGUCUUAAAAAAAAGGCGUAGAGAAGGCAGAAAUAAUUAACAACGACCAUUUUCCUUCCAUCUUUAGGUUCAAGGACUCGAAUCUUCCUUUUGACAAAUACCCAUACCACACCUAUUACGGCGACGGCAGUGAAAUUGAGCCUGUUGUCCUUGAAAAUAUAAGAGCCGUCACUUGGUCAUGCGCUGUAGGUUUUCGCUGGAGAACUGGUGACGUUUUAGUGAUUGACAAUCUUGCUGUACAGCAUGCGAGAAUNUUCCCGCCAAAAUGACGCUGGUUCACGCUUGCACAGUAUUGACAAAAUAUCGUCCUCGCUGUUGUCCACGUCGUAGAAUUUAAUUUCUAUUGGUGGCAGGCCAGCCAACCCGGUGCAGUGGGGUCUUAAAAAAAAGGCGUAGAGAAGGCAGAAAUAAUUAACAACGACCAUUUUCCUUCCAUCUUUAGGUUCAAGGACUCGAAUCUUCCUUUUGACAAAUACCCAUACCACACCUAUUACGGCGACGGCAGUGAAAUUGAGCCUGUUGUCCUUGAAAAUAUAAGAGCCGUCACUUGGUCAUGCGCUGUAGGUUUUCGCUGGAGAACUGGUGACGUUUUAGUGAUUGACAAUCUUGCUGUACAGCAUGCGAGAAUGAGCUUCACUGGCCAGCGAAAAAUUUUAGCCGUCUUGUCACGAAACUGAGUGCAUUACCGUCACAUAACUUACUAAAAAAAACUUGGUCAUUGCGACUAGGCCAUUGAUUAUGACAAGCGACAAGCAACGGAGGGGGAAGGAGGAAUUUCAAACAAUGAACUUCAUCGUGGCUCUAGAGAUGGGGACUCUCAAAUGAAAAUGACGGAGAUGGUUUUAAGGUCGCUUAAGGGUAGAAAUUCCAAAUUUUGAUCUCACUUAGCGUGUUCAAGACGGAAAGCCAUGAUUUCUACUCAUAAAGUUUUCCCUAGAGUUGUGCGUCAAAAUGUCUAUGGAAGAACAAACAAGCAAAUGUCUCCGCACUGUGUCAGAGUUUGGCCUUCUUUGGGGGUCAAAUAAAGCCUAAGCCAUGGCCAGUUUGGUUUCCUUAAGGAGUUUACUGAAUUCUUAAUUUCCAACCAGUAUUGACGUCUCUUUGUAUGGGAGUCCCCACAACCUCGCUUAAAAAGCAACCAGUUCUAGAGGAAAUUAUAAUAAUUGUCUAUUUCAAUAUUUAGCAUAAUAAGACCGAGGCAGUAGUAUAAAACAGAGUACGAAAAUAUCCGUAUCUGUGAGCCAAGAAUUUCACUGCCUGCUGGGAGAAUAAAGGUGGCGGAAAGAUGAAGGAAAUUGAGCCCUUAGGCUUUAACUUGUUUACUUCCGCAUAAUAAAAGAUAAUCCUUUGCCGUUUCACUUUCGCCAAUAGUGGGCUAAUGGCCUGUUUAAGUAGAGGUGGAGCAGGUGAGGAUACCUUUUUACGUGGGGUAACCCUCAUGUCCGUAUAAUCUCUUAUAUGGUCACCCCACCCAUAAUGUUAACGUGAUCAAAUUAAAAUGGGAGAUUAUAUGGCCAGGCGGGUUACCCAUUUAAGCGGCGGGUUACCUCUCCUACCUGGGGUCCCCCACCUAUAUGUAAACAGGCCCUAAGACAUUUAUGAAUGGUAACAAAAAUUGAAAACCCACGCUUUACCUUUACCAAUCCAGAACGAAGAUAAUUUUAAAAAGAACGUUGAAUCUGUGGUAAUCAUUAUUAGUGCUAGUAGUGAAACCUUCCUAAAAUACGGGCUAGACUUAAGCGUACACAUUGUAGAGGAGUUUUGUGCUAUAGAGGUAUGAAUUGCCUGGACUAUUUGUUGUUUAUAUUGUAUAUAUGAACUCUCUGAUUGUCUAUCUGGGAUCACCAGAACUAUCCAUAAUAAAGAUGUGCCUACGUUAUGGAAGUAGAGGUUUGAGUACUGUUCACCAAAUUCUUAAUUUGAGAAUUUUGUGAUAGCCAAUGUAAGCCAAUCAUGUCCACUCUCUUGCAACUUCAGCUAUGCAUUGGAGUAUUUGUGCUUGAAAUUAUUUUACGUACAAUUAGUACUUCUAACACGGCACCACAAAGUCUCCCAAACUGCCUUAUUAGGCUUCGGACUUUUAAAUUAGACCUAAAGCUUGGGGCCUUUUGUAGCCUAUUGUAAGAAUAUACCUGGAAACACUAAAUCAUGUUAGAAAAUUUGGAAAAAUUUUCACGUCUCAUCUUAUGUUAAGAGACUUGCCUAUGAUAAAGUUUACUACAAAUCAC